AAUCGCCCCUCCGUAAGAUUCAGAAGAGAGAAAGCUCAAAAACCUUUGAGAGCGGAGAACAAAAUAAUCUGCAAGUAAAAAAAAAAACCCUAACUCCUCCCCCGACGAAUCGAUGGAGCGAGACGAAGAAUCAAGCGUACCGAUGAUGGAGAUGUGCACUAACGGAGGAGGCGAAGACACCUCCAAUCGGAGACCAAUUAUAAGCGGCGAACCUCUCGACGUGGAAGCUUACGCGACGCUGUACAAGGGACGAACGAAGAUCAUGCGGUUACUCUUCAUCGCUAGCCAUUGCGGUGGGAACCAGACGAUGCAGCUCGAAGCGUUGAGGAUGGCUUACGACGAGAUCAAGAAGGGGGAGAACACUCAGUUGUUCAGAGAUGUGGUCAAUAGGAUCAACGGGAGGCUCGGGGAUAAGUAUGGGAUGGAUUCGGCUUGGUGUGAGAGUGUAGAUCGUCGCGCUGAGCAGAAGAAAGGAAGGCUGGAGAACGAGCUCAGUUCGUAUCGGACUAAUCUGAUCAAGGAAAGCAUCAGAAUGGGUCAUAAUGACUUUGGUGACUUCUACUAUGCUUGUGGUUUGCUCAAUGAUGCGUUCAAGAACUAUGUUCGAACACGAGACUACUGCACCACGGCUAAGCACAUUAUUCACAUGUGUAUGAACGCCAUUCUCGUCAGCAUCGAGAUGGGACAGUUCAGUCAUGUUUCAAGCUACGUGAACAAGGCAGAGCAGAAUCCAGAAGCCCUUGAACCUAUUGUAGCUGCUAAACUGCGAUGUGCUUCUGGAUUGGCUCACUUGGAGCUGAAAAAGUAUAAGCUCGCUGCUCGUAAGUUUUUGGAUGUUAGUCCAGAACUUGGGAAUUCAUAUAACGAGGUCAUUGCUCCACAAGACGUUGCAACCUAUGGAGGACUUUGUGCACUGGCUAGCUUUGAUCGAUCAGAAUUAAAGGCAAAAGUGAUUGACAACAUCAACUUCAGGGAUUUCUUGGAGCUAGUACCCGAAGUGAGGGAACUUAUCAACGAUUUUUAUUCAAGCCGCUAUGCUUCCUGUCUGGAGUAUCUAGGAAGUCUCAGAGCGAAUCUGUUGCUGGACAUCCAUCUACAUGAUCACGUUGACAUUCUCUAUGAUCAGAUAAGGAAGAAGGCUCUUAUUCAGUACACGCUGCCAUUUGUGUCUGUUGAUUUGAGCAGGAUGGCCGAUGCGUUCAAGACGAGUGUCUCUGGUCUAGAGAAGGAACUGGAAGCCUUGAUAACAGACAACCAAAUACAGGCACGGAUUGAUUCACACAACAAAAUCCUCUAUGCAAGGCACGCGGAUCAGAGGAAUGCAACUUUCCAAAAGGUGCUUCAGAUGGGUAACGAGUUCGAUAGGGAUGUCAGAUCAAUGAUGUUGAGAGCCAACCUUCUUAAACAUGAGUAUCAUGCCAGAGCUGGAAGAAACCAUUGAGAUGGGACUUCUUGUACUUGGCUAACUCGAGAGGCACUGGUCUAUUCCAAGGUCAUAUACGUUUAUGAAAGAUUCGUUUGGUUUUAGUUGUUUGUUAGAUAUGUCUAGACAAUCAUCUCUGCUCUCUUGUUACUGCGUUUGUUUUCUUGACUCUUAAUUUUUAAUCAAAUCAUUGGACUUUGAAUCAAA